GAGAGGGGAGGACAAAAAAUAAAAAGACUGCUGCAAAGCUGAUCUGAAAAGCAAAGCAAACAAACUUUGAAAAUAAAGGGGGAACAGGAAGUUUGGCAACGGUGUCCAAUAGAUAUGGCAAUGGUAGUCGGUGCGUGGCGAGACCCCCAGGACGAUGUGCCCGGAGCUCAGGGAACGCAGCCUUCGCAAGCCCCGCCGGUGCAGGGACCCCCGGCCGGGGCCCCGCACACCCCACAGACCCCGGGGCCCGGGGGCCCUCCCAGUACGCCAGCCCAGACCAACCCGCCGAGCCAGCAGAACCAAGGAGACAAGCAGCAGCAGCAGCAGCACAUUGAAUGUGUGGUUUGUGGGGACAAGUCUAGUGGCAAACAUUAUGGCCAGUUUACCUGCGAGGGUUGCAAGAGUUUCUUCAAGCGGAGUGUAAGGAGGAAUCUCAGCUACACUUGUCGUGCCAACAGGAACUGUCCCAUUGACCAGCACCACCGCAAUCAGUGUCAGUACUGCCGCCUCAAAAAAUGCCUCAAAGUUGGCAUGAGACGGGAAGUUUCUUCUUUAUUUACUGCAGCGGUCCAGAGGGGCAGAAUGCCACCCACACAGCCAACUCAUGGUCAGUUCGCCUUGACAAAUGGGGACCCUCUCAACUGCCAUUCCUACCUAUCCGGAUAUAUCUCCCUUCUUCUGAGAGCAGAGCCCUACCCCACCUCCCGCUUUGGCAGUCAGUGCAUGCAACCCAACAACAUCAUGGGCAUCGAGAACAUUUGUGAACUGGCAGCUAGGAUGCUCUUCAGCGCGGUGGAGUGGGCCAGGAAUAUCCCCUUCUUCCCAGACCUCCAGAUCACAGACCAGGUGGCCCUCCUGAGGCUGACCUGGAGCGAGUUAUUUGUCCUCAACGCUGCCCAGUGCUCCAUGCCCCUCCACGUAGCUCCGCUCCUGGCAGCUGCUGGCCUCCACGCUUCGCCAAUGUCUGCUGACCGAGUGGUCGCCUUUAUGGACCACAUACGAAUCUUCCAAGAGCAAGUAGAAAAACUGAAAGCAUUGCAUGUCGACUCUGCAGAAUAUAGCUGUUUAAAGGCCAUAGUCCUCUUCACCUCAGAUGCCUGUGGUCUCUCUGAUGUAGCCCAUGUUGAAAGUUUACAGGAGAAGUCACAGUGUGCUUUGGAAGAGUAUGUUAGGAGCCAGUAUCCCAACCAGCCAACACGAUUCGGGAAGCUAUUACUACGUCUCCCCUCCCUUCGCACUGUCUCCUCUUCUGUCAUAGAGCAAUUGUUUUUCGUCCGUUUGGUAGGUAAAACCCCCAUAGAAACCCUAAUCAGGGAUAUGUUACUGUCUGGCAGCAGUUUUAACUGGCCUUACAUGUCCAUUCAAUAAAACAUUCGAGAGAGAGGGAAAAAAAUAAAAAAUAAAAAUAAAACAAGACAAAAAUUUAAAAAAAAAAAUUUCAAAAUUGAGAAGGGAGAUGAGAGUGAAAGGAAAGCAAAUGACAUUUGGGUUCUGGUUGUUUCUUAAAUUUCCUUCUGCUAAGAAAGGAUGUAAAAGGAUGUUACAAGUUUGCUAAGAGAAGACAGGAAAAAAUUAAUGGACUGUGAAUUAAAAAAAGAGACUGUCAAAUGAACUUUUACAGAAUGCAUUAAAAACUCCCGUGUCGUUCAGAAAAAAACUUGCUACUUAUCAUUUUUUUUGUAAAAAAUAAAAAAGAGGGAAAGAAAAUAAGAAAGAAGAAGAAAAGAAACGAUGGUGGGCUUUUUCUUUUUUUCUUUUUUCUUCUUUUUUUUUUCUUUUUUGGGGGUAAACUUUUUAAAAAAUCUCGCUUAAAGUGCAUUUAAAGGAAAUUUGGAGAAAAUUAGCAGAACGGAAGAAAGUAAGUCUUUUUUUUCCAAAUUAUUAAUUGUCCUAUGUGUCUAUGUACCUAUAGCUGUUCUUUUUUGUAUUUUUCUGGUUUCAAACCAGUUUAUUCUGUGGUUCUAUAAUAAUUUUUGAUAUAACCUUGGCUUCUUUAAAAAAAAAAAAAUAAACUGUGUAUCCUUAAAAUAUAUGUUCUGAAAGAAUUAAAACUGAGUCCACGAAAGUAUCAUAGGAAGAAAGGAAAAGAGAAAAAAAAAAAAAAAACCCUCAACAACACAAUGAUGGAAGCGCACUUAAGGUGGUGACCCAAAAUCUAGCUUGAAGCUGAGAGAGCUAUAAUUAUAUAGACCCGAAUGAACCACACGUGUCAUAUAACUCCCCCCAAAUCUAGGUUUUUUGAUAUUUCGGACAGAAAAUGAACUGUGGGGAUUUAUUAUAGGUAGAAGGAUUUUGUGUCCAAGACACACUACGGUUUUGAUUUAAAAAAAAAAAAGCAAAAAAACAAGCAAACAAGCAAAGUGAACUUUUGUAAUUUGAAUUGGGUUCCACAUAGUUCAUCAUGAAUUGUUAUUAAACUCCUCUAUCUGUUUGUAUAUUUGCAAGCCCUUUGUAUUAUAAUAAUUGUUGAUAUUUUCCCUUUUUAAAAAAUACCAUUGAAAUCAGCAUGACAAAAUAACACUGUUGGCACUUAUAGAUAACGUGAUUGAUUCAGUAUCUUAGAGUUUACAGUUUUGUGUUUAAAAAAAACUGAAGGUUUUUUUUUUUUUUUUAAGUGCAACAUUUCUGUAUACUGUAAAAGUUAUAAUAACUGAACUGUUUGGUCGAGUCUUUGUGUGUUAUAUUCCAAGGAAAAUUGAAAGUAUUCAGAAAUUAAAAUAUUAUUUGAUAUCUGAAACUUGUUUGGCUGUCAUAAAUGUCUUUCAGAAACCACAUUACUUCUCUAUAGUUUGCAGUCAUUUAAGUCCAUAGGCGAUUGAUUUGUUUACUUGUCACAGUAAGUUUGUAGCAGAUGUAUUGUAGUGUAUUUACCUGUUUAAUUCCGGGAUGGGGGUGGAGGACUUAAGUUCGUGGUUUAUCUCUGGUUUUAGGAAGUACUAUGCUGAAAUGGUAAACCAUCAACCCCCAUUCAUCUAAUCCUCCUGUUAAUUAAAAAUGGAUUUU